CCUGAUUUGUUUUGAAUAUGAUAGCGAACGAGCACGAGCGAAUGCAAGUCGAACAAUACUGAGAUAUAUACAACUGUGAAGUUUAUUUUGUUCAGCAAGUCAUGGCGAAACAUGUAUACAACAGCGCUAAGACUUUUCGGCAGGCGUUCACUGUCCCAAACGCGCAGGCCUUGAAAUGGUUUCCGGGCCACAUGUUGAAAGGAAUGGAAAGGAUCCAGGCCACUCUAAAGGAUAUUGACUGUGUUGUAGAAGUUCACGACGCCAGAAUACCCAUCUCGGGACGCAACCCGAAUUUCAGGAAUAUCCUCAGCCUUCGUCCCCAUCUUCUGCUGCUGAACAAGGCAGACCUGGUUGACCUAAAUUCGUCUCAGAAGGAAACCAUCACGACCAUGCUACGUUCUGAAGGAGUGGACACUGUGUUUUUCACGGAUCUCAGACAAUUUCAACAGAACAAGUUCUUAAAAACGCGGAUCCUUCCGAAAAUAAUAGAACUGACUGAAUCGAGACCUCGCUUCAGCAGAGAAGGGCUGAACGAGUUCAAUAUUUUAGUGAUCGGUGUGCCGAACGUCGGCAAGUCAACAUUGAUCAACACGCUUCGUUGGGCAAACCUGGGGAGGAAAGGGAAGGCGAGUUCCGUUGGCGCCAUCGCAGGCGUCACUCGUAGUGUCAUGUCCAAGAUAAAAGUUAAGACAGAGCCUCCAAUGUAUAUUGUGGACACGCCUGGCAUUCUGACACCAAAAAUCCCGGACAUUGAGACGGGCAUGAGAUUGGCUUUGUGUAGCUGUCUGCCUGAUUAUUUAGUGGAAGAAGAAAAUAUCGUGGACUACCUUCUGUAUUGGAUGAACCGACGCGGACUGUUCAGAUAUGUCGACUACUACCAGAUGGAUGCACCCACCGACAGCCACCUCGAACUGCUCGCUCAUGUCGCCUUCGAGAAAAAGAAGGUCAACAAGGUCAAGGACGUAGCGACAAAUGAGUACAAGAUGAUGCCCAAUUUUAAGGAGGCUGCCAUGAUUGUUUUGAAAGCCUUCAGAGAAGGUCAUCUUGGUGGGUUUUUGUUAGACGAUGACAAAAUAUAACAAGGUAGCUCUUGUUUGACAAUCCGUUUUAAAUUAAAUUCCAUGUUGUUUAACUGCCUAUUAAUAAAUAAAUCCAUUAUGGAGUUUUAUUGACAA